UGGUUGACAUAACAUAAAAUAUUCAAUACAUAAUUUUCAUCUUGAUUUUAUCUUUUAACUUGUGAUUGAUACCAAUGGCUACCAAUGGAAAGCUUGAGGUAGAAAUUGAAGUAAAGUCUAAUGCAGACAAGUUUUGGAGUAUUAUCAAGGACUCUGCUUCUAUAUUCCCUAAAGCUUUUCCAAAUGAUUACAAAAGCAUUGAGAUUCUUGAAGGUGAUGGAAACACUGUUGGUUCUGUUCGCCUAGUAACUUUUGGUGAAGGGUCACCAUUUGUGAAAAUAAACAAAGAGAAGAUUGAUGAUAUUGAUGAUUCAAAGAGGACAUUAACUUAUAGUGUGAUUGAUGGGGACCUCCUCAAGUACUUCAAGCAAUUGAAGUCACAUCUCAGUGUAACACCUAAGGGUGAUGGAAGCUUGGUCAAAUGGUCCUCUGAGUAUGAAAAAGAUAGCCAAGAGGUUCCUGAGCCAGAAAUCAUCAAGGAAUUUGCUGUCAAUACCUUUCUUAAGGUUGAUGAGUAUAUUCUAAAUGCAUAAAAGUUGCAUGCAUAUGAAGGGAAGUAUCACUAAUUUACUAUUGGAAAAAAAUAAAAUUAGCAUUGAAAAUUAGUUAUGAAAAAAUGAAAUUAUUUUCUAUGUCCUUCGUCGUUAAAUUUAGUGACGGAUUUAGAAAAGAAUUCACAUUUUUUCUCUCUAAAUUUUUCUCGUUAAUUUAAGUUUUUCUUAUAGUGUAACUCUAGUGUCUUAAUUAUUAUGAAAUAAUGAGGUGAUAUGUAUUGUACCAUUUCUCAUUUGAUAUAAAUGGGGUGGUAAGUUUGUGGGAUAUGGUCCUAUAUAUCUUUGCUAGUUUGUUGCCUUAAUAAAUUAUGUCCUCUAUGGCAGUUCUGGUUAAUUUGAAAAAUGGGAUAUUGCUAGUUAUAAGUGUGUGCUUGAGAUCUUGACCAUCCGAUCUCAACUUAACUGCAUUAAUGUGUGUUAUUGAAUGUAUCAAAUCCAGAUUCAUGAAUAUGUUUGUCAAAUUCCAAUGUUAAUUCAAAAGGUUUUAUUGGAAGAAAAGAAAAAUUGAAUGUUUCAUCA